AUGUCGGCCCCCUCCGCAACCGCUGCUAGCGCAUCCCAUCAGACCAUCUUGCCUACCAAGAUCCGUCCUAAGCAGCCCGCCUCAGCUCUCCCACCUCCCUCGAUCAUCCUCACGCUCUCUGGUCCCGAUGGUCCCGGCAUCGUCCACCGAAUCUCUGGCUUCCUCGCACGUCGCAACAUGAACAUCAUGGACUCUGCUCAGUUCGGUGACCCCACCACGGGUACCUUCUUCAUGCGCGUCCAUGCUUCCGAACCUCUACCCGAAAACGGCUCUCAUCCCGACCCCCGUGCACCGGACUACGCCCAACAGCGAUCCGCUUUCCUCGCCAAGGUCAAAUCUGAAUUCGACGACGAGUUCGCCAAAGAAGCCGAGGUCUCUGUCAAGAUCUUCGGCGCCGAGGAAAAGCCGCGUACGCUCAUCAUGGUCAGCAAGAUCGGACACUGUCUCAACGACCUCCUCUUCCGUCUCUCCAACAACACGCUCCCUAUCACCGUGCCCCUCAUCAUCUCCAACCACGCCGAUUACGAGCCCCUCGCCAAGGCAAACGGCAUCCCCUUCUACCACCUCCCCAUCAACGCAGCCGAAGGCAAGACAAAGGAGUGGCAGGAAGCCGAAAUGGUCAAGCUCGCCAAACAGUACGACAUCGACAUGAUCGUCCUGGCCCGAUACAUGCAGAUCCUCUCACCGCAGCUGUGCAGUCUCUUCAGCGGUAGGAUCAUCAACAUCCACCAUUCGUUCCUGCCCAGCUUCAAGGGAGCCAAGCCGUACCAUCAGGCGUUUGAGAGAGGUGUCAAGUUGAUCGGUGCCACCGCGCAUUUCGUCACGGCGGAUUUGGAUGAAGGCCCCAUCAUCGAGCAGGCGGUGGAGAGGGUGGAUCACGCCAUGACGCCCGCGGAUCUGGUCCAGGCCGGCUCGGAUGUAGAGGCGAGGGUGUUGGCGAGAGCCGUCAAGUGGACUGCGGAGAGGAGGGUGCUGUUGAAUGGCGCAAAGACUGUCGUUUUCAACUGA